UUAAUUUAUUUUUCUUCGAUUAAGGUAAUUUUAUUUGAGUCUAUAAAAAUAUUGAUUACAAUAUUAAAGUUAUUCUUACACAAGUAUAUAUUCAGAAUUUAAACCGAGAUCAGCCAUACACAAAAACAAAUUAAUUUCAUUCUGGUUUUUAUCAACCGGCCCGCCAAGAACAACAGUGAUGCUUAAUGAGUCAUGUCUUGUGAAGACAUGCAAACCUUCUAUCAUGUUCACUAGGGUUCCUGAGGUCGAUCUCUCGGACCCCGAGGCCAAGUCACUCAUUAUCAAGGCCAGCAAAGAGUGUGGUUUCUUUAAGGUAGUCCAACAUGGCGUUGCGUUUGAGUUGAUUACAAAUUUGGAGAACGAAGUCCUUAGAUUUUUCCAUCAACCACAGCCACAAAAGGACAAGGUGGGUCCUCCUGAUCCUUGUGGUUAUGGAAGCAGGAAAAUUGGAGCCAAUGGUGAUGAAGGUUGGCUCGAGUACCUCCUCAUCAACACUAACCCUGAUGAUCCAAAGUCACUUCACCUUUUUCAGCAAAACCCAGCAAAUUUCAGGUCUGCUGUGGAGGAUUAUAUAGGAGCAGUUAAGAAUUUGUGCUCUGAUGUGUUGGAACUUAUGGCUGAUGGGUUGGGAGUUGAGCCGAGGAAUGUGUUUAGUAGGCUUACAAUGGAUGAGAGAAGCGAUUGCUUAUUAAGGGUUAAUCGCUACCCCGUAUGUGCAGAGCUUGAUGAAUUUGAAGCAUUGAGUGAACAAUAUUUAAUUGGGUUUGGCGAACACACAGACCCACAGAUAAUAUCUGUACUGAGAUCGAAUAACAGUCACGGACUACAAAUCUGUCUCCGAGAUGGAACUUGGGCUUCAAUUCCACCAGAUCAGACUUCUUUCUUCGUCAUUGUUGGUGACCUCUUGCAGGUGAUGACUAAUGGGAGAUUUAAAAGUGUAAAGCAUAGGGUAUUGACUGACUCAACCAUUUCAAGAAUUUCAAUAAUCUACUUUGGAGGACCACCCUUGAAUGAAAAUAUUGCUCCUUUACCUUCACUCGUGCUAAAGGAAGAAGAGAGUUUGUAUAAAGAGUUAACGUGGCAGGAAUACAAGACUGCUACGUUCAAGUCAAGGUUGUCUGAUAAUAGGCUAAGACUCUUUGAGAAAUUUCCUAGUGAGUGAGGAGAAAUGGAAAAUCAUAUUUACUUCUUCGUUGUGAGAGAGAGCAUAUAUAAGGAAAAUUAUUUGGUUGCCAACCAUUUUCUUUAUUUUUGUUUUUUUUACCUUUACUCCUUUUGU